UUGUUGUCUCCUUAAUGUAUUCAGUGUGUCCAUCUCCCAGGCAGGCUGCAGAGCUCCCCCCAUACACAAUCCACCAGCUGCUGGAUCCUGGAGCCCGGAGAUCAUGGACUAGCAGGGCUAUGGAUGGACAUGCAGCGCUGGGGUAUAACAUUGAUGUUUUCUUACCUAAAGGAUUAAGGCCCAAAUACUUCUUUCCGUAUGGUGGGGGAAUAUUCCGUUCACUAACUGCAUUAGGAUGGGCUCACUGAUGGCUGCAUGAAUUGGACCCUGUUCUGCGAUGGAAAGGUGGCCAGUUCUGGCCUGGUUCCUGUUAUUUACCUACAUAGCUGAUUGGCUAAGUACAGUUCAAUCCCGAGAGUUCACAGUGCAGGAUAUCAUCUAUCUCUACCCAUCAACAACGCCGUACCCCGGGGGAUUCAAAUGCUUCACCUGCGAAAAGGCAAAAGACAAUUACGAGUGCAAUCGCUGGGCCCCAGAUGUCUACUGCCCAAGAGAUACACGAUACUGUCACUCUUACCAUGUCAUGGAUGCUCUGGGGGAAAGUUUGUCGGUGACAAAACGCUGCGUGUCACUGGAACAUUGCUUGAACACGGGAUGCAGGGACAGUGAGAAGCAUGGCCACAAGGUAUGCACAUCAUGCUGUGAAGGAAAUAUCUGUAACAUGGCUCUGCCCAGGAACGAGACAGACGCCAUCUUCUCCACCACAUCCCCGCUCAAUGGUUCCCAGAGACAUUCCACACAAGGCCUUGGCCUCCUCCUGUGCCUUCUAUACUCUUCCUGGCUAUUCCUGACAUAGAACUGUCAAGGCCGGCAGCAAGAAUGGGCUCAUAUGUGUACUGUGUACAUCGGAUUUAUUUAUAUUUGGAAUGCACGCUGUAUAUUUUGUAUAUUGUUAUUUUUAUAUAUUCAGUGGAUUCUUUAGUCAGAGCUAUUUUUUAUAAAUAGUAUAAUUAAUUAUAUGUGAGGUUUUGUGAGAGCAGAACCUUUACUAACACAUAAGACAAAAUAGAAAUAGGUCCUUGGUAUUGGCUACUGUGAAGAUCCAUGUCCAAUCAAAAACCUUUAAGGAGAACUCCAGCAAAAGAGAGAAUGCCAUAAAAUUGCUACUUAUCCAUGGCUGCAUGCUUUUUUUCUUUUUUUUGGGGAGUUCA